GUAGAGACUGUAUAGAUGAUGUUGAUGGCCAGGUGUAUGCUGAUGGACAAGUAUACUAUAGAACAAUAGAACCCUGUGUAAGAUACAAAUGUAAAGACGGCGAAACUAGUGUUGAUGAAAUAGAAUGUCGCCACCCAGAUGAAACACAAACAGAUUGUUUUAAACUAGGAAGUAAAAUAGAAGCUAACUGUAUUACCAGAGAAUGCGGUGAUGGUGAUGCAGGACGGAUAUUCUAUGUUACUGAACUCAGUGCGUAUCAAUGUGUAUCCGAUAAAAGUCCCCAACAACUGUUACCAUACAGGCCUCUUUGCUUUGGACUUUAA